AUGGAAGGGCGUUCUUGGAUGGGUUGGUUGUUGAUGGGAAACCAGUGUGCGAGUGCUAUGGUUGCUAGUUGCUACACUUCCCCUGAUUGCUCCAUUCUUUCUCUUCCAUGCGUUGCAAAUGCUGAUGGUGGGAAUCCAAUAUAUAUGGAGCCAUUUUGGAUGAAUAAAAAGGAAAGUGGUGGAGUGUUGGUAUCAGGAUGGCAUAGAAUGGGAUAUACAUAUAUAAACCCAUAUGCUGAGACACUUUCAACAGAGCUAGAGAAGUACAUCCGCAAAUUGCAUAAAUUGGUUGGAAAUGCAGAAACUGAAGGAAGGCAUAUUGUAUUUGGGACUGGCUCUACUCAACUACUUAAUGCUGCUGUUUAUGCUCUUUCCUCAAAUUCCUCCAAUCCUGCAUUUGUGGUCACUUCCACACCUUAUUACUCAACAUACAAAGAACAAACUGAGAUGUAUCAGUCUCGAGCAUAUGAGUAUAAAGGUGACACGUCCUUAUGGAAGAACAAAACAAACAGUGAAAUUGUUAAAUUUAUAGAAUUUGUGACAUCCCCAAACAAUCCUGAUGGUCAAUUAAAAGAGAGUGUUCUUGAAGGACCCUCAGUUAAGACUAUUUAUGAUCGUGUCUAUUAUUGGCCUCAUUACACUGCCAUUCCAACCCUGGCUGCCGAAGAUCUCAUGCUUUUCUCUAUGUCCAAGUUGACUGGUCAUGCUGGCAGCCGAUUCGGGUACGUCUUACAUGUUACACUACUCCCAUUUCCCUUGUUUAGUUGCCUGGUACAUCUACUUAUAGCCUUAUAG